ACAUGUCAGAGUUGUCUUUGUAACACACAAGUGGUUUACAUUUAGAUCUCUGGUUUCUGAAGAAUUUUCUUUUUUUUUUUUUUUUUUUUUUGAGUUGAGAAUUUGUUGCAAUGGAUAUCAACAACAAUUCAUGGUUAGUGGUUUUUGCUUUUUUCAUGUGUUUCUCUCUGAAAUUGAAUGUAUCCUUUGGAGCUGACACCAUCUUUGCAAAUCAAUCUCUCUCUGGAGAUCGAACUAUUGUCUCCAAAGGGGGGACCUUUGAACUAGGCUUCUUCAAACCAGGUAAUUCUUCAAACUACUAUAUUGGCAUCUGGUACCAAAAAGUGUCUGAAAAAACCGUAGUUUGGGUGGCAAAUAGAAACAAGCCAAUUUCUGAUAGAUAUUCCUCCGUGUUAAGAAUAUCAGGUGGUAAUUUAGUCCUUUUCAACGAGUCCAGAAGACCAAUUUGGUCUACAAAUUUGAACUCCACCACUGGUACAGCUUCAGCUUCUAUAGAAGCAGUUCUUCUAGAUGAAGGAAACCUUGUUUUAAGAGAUUGGUCGACAAAUUUGUCGAUGCCGUUAUGGCAAAGUUUUGACGAUCCAACUGAUACAUGGCUCCCUGGUAUGAAGAUUCGACGAAACAAGCUGACCAAGGAAAACCAGCUACUCACUUCUUGGAAGAAUAAAGAAGAUCCUGCAUCUGGUCUCUUCUCUCUUGGGUUAGACCCGAGUGGGCUUGAUCAAUAUGUGUUAUUGUGGAAUUAUUCUGAACAGUAUUGGACUAGUGGUUUAUGGAAUGGGCAAAUUUUCAGCAUGGUUCCUGAAAUGGUUUCUCGUCAUUUUUUUAAUUUCAUCUACGUUUCCAAUGAAAAUGAAAGCUAUUUCAUGUAUUUUCUUAUAGAUCCCGUCAUAUCUCGAUUUGUUAUGGAUUCAGCAGGGCAAAUUAAGCAAUUGUACUGGGCAGCGGACAGCCAGACUUGGUUUCAGUUUUGGUCUCAGCCAAAACAACCCUGUGAUGUUUACGAUUAUUGUGGUCCAUUUGGCAGCUGCAAUGAGCAGACUCAGAGUUUUUGUGCUUGUUUGCCUGGUUUUAAACCGAAAUUAGACCAUAAUUGGAACUUGAUGGGGGAUCAUUCUGGAGGGUGUGUGAGGAAAACCCAACUGGAGUGUCAAAAUGACAGUCUUGCCAAUGGGAAGAGUGACAAGUUUUUAAGAAUUUUUAACAUGAUAUUGCCAAAAAAACCACAGUCUGUUCGGGUAGGGAGUAUCGCAGAAUGUGAAACAGCCUGCUUGAAUAACUGCUCUUGCACUGCUUAUGCUUAUGAAGACAACGCCUGUUCCGUUUGGGUGGGAGAUCUCUUGAACCUGCAACAACUUGCACAAGGUGACACCGAUGGCAAAACAAUUUAUAUCAAGCUUGCGGCUUCUGAUAUUCCAAAUCCAAGAAAUAACAAGGGAACUGUGAUUGGUAGUGUUGUUGGGUCAGGUGUCUUCAUACUUCUCCUAGGCCUCUUUGUGGUUGUGUACUUGAGGAAAAGGAAAAUAAUCAAAACAGCCAAAGCAGUGGAAGGUUCAUUGGUGGCAUUUGCAUACAGGGACUUGCAAACUGCGACUAAGAACUUUUCAGAGAAAUUGGGUGGGGGAGGUUUUGGCUCUGUUUUCAAAGGGAUGUUGCCCAAUUCAAAUGUCAUAGCUGUAAAACGGCUUGAGAGCAUUUGUCAAGGUGAGAAGCAAUUCCGAACAGAAGUGAGCACAAUUGGGAAUAUCCAACAUGUUAAUCUAGUUCGGCUUCUUGGAUUCUGCUCUGAAGGUACUAAAAAGCUAUUGGUUUAUGAUUACAUGCCGAGUGGUUCUUUAAAUUCCCAUCUCUUCCCUGGAAAUGAUUCAAAGGUCCUUGAUUGGAAAACAAGAUACGGUAUUGCACUGGGGACAGCCAGAGGGUUGGCUUAUCUUCAUGAUAAGUGCAGAGAUUGCAUCAUACACUGUGACAUAAAGCCAGAGAACAUUUUAUUAGAUGCUGAAUUUUGUCCUAAAGUGGCAGAUUUUGGCUUGGCAAAGCUCAUCGGGAGGGAAUUCAGCAGAGUCCUAACAACCAUAAGAGGAACAAGAGGCUAUCUUGCACCCGAAUGGAUUUCAGGGGUGGCCAUUACAGCAAAGGCAGAUGUUUACAGCUAUGGGAUGAUGCUUUUUGAAAUUGUAUCAGGAAGGAGAAACUUUGAGCAAUUUGAAGAUGGAAAAGUGAAAUUCUUCCCUACUUGGGCUGCAAACCAAAUUGCUAUUGGAAAUGAUGUCCUUAACCUAUUAGAUCCAAGGCUGGAGGGCACUGCUGAUGUAGAAGAGCUUUCCAGAAUUUGUAAAGUGGCUUGUUGGUGCAUCCAAGAUGAUGAAACUCAUAGGCCAUCAAUGAGUCAAGUGGUUCAGAUCCUUGAGGGACUACUGGAAGUGUCGCAGCCUCCAAUUCCAAGAUCUCUCCAAGUAUUUGCUGACAGUGAGGAGAACAUAUUCUUUUUCACUGACUCAUCCUCAAAUCAGAGUUCACAAUCACAGAGUAAGAACAUUUCGGCUGCUUAAUUUCAGGCUAAGAGCACUAAAUCCUCAAAAAGUUUCUAAACAUGAGAAUCAAGUCGAUAUGUUUUUCGCUUUUGCAUGUUUAGUUGAAGAAUAAAUGUUUUGGUUUCUUGAUGUCAGUUUCAGGUUGGUGUAAUGAGUCGCUUUGUUUUUUGUCCGAUUACUUCUUAUAUAUCCACGGAAGACAUGUCAUUGUAAUGUAUUUUGCUACUGCUGUUAUUGUAUUUAUAAGCCUUGUUUAUUAACUUUUGUUUGGCCCUUUGUAAUGGUUAUUUAAAUGAUUUUUCAAUA